UUUCUCAUGUUGCGCUGUUGGAUGUUUUAUUUGAGCAGCUGCCAAAUGUUUUAAAUCUUAGAAAACACACGGUAACCUUGUCGGUUUCUUUAAUAAUUUUCUUUAAUGCGCAGAGCUGAAGUUAGUCGGCGAGUUUGAAAGUUAACACAAAAGAUAAACUUGUGGAAAGUAGAUUUUACAUAUUCAGAUCUGGAGAUGACUUCUGGAGGUUUGGGCUUCCCCGGGGGCCUGAGUCAAGACAUCAGCCAGGAGGAGCUGGACUUCUCCGACCUGUUUCUGUAUAAAGAUGACUCAGAUCCUCUCCUUCACAACGACAACCACCCUCCUCUGCUGGUGCUCGACCAUCACGCUGUGUACACCUCCAGCUCCAUCCAGCCAGCCUCCAGUCAGGACCCCUCCUCUCACAGCCCCACCACAGACGACCUGUCAGAAGCGGUGUUUGACUCUCUGGGGCUGUCAUCAAGACAAGGCACCAUUCCUGCUCCCAGCCCCCGGAUUGAGAUCACUCGGGUAUCGGGUGACUCUCUCAGCUCUCAGCCCCUGGAGCCAAGCCCUGGCACCAAAGCUCUGGGUGCCUACAGGGAGUGUGUGAGUCCUGCCAGCAGUAACUCCUCCACCGGCUGGACCGCAGAGGUAUACUCUCCUAUGCCUUCACCGAGUGUCUCUCCAUCUAAUGUAGGCAGCUGUGGCGUGGGGUUGUCCGGCUUAGACCUCUGCCCGGGCCUCCAGAGCAUCCACACCUCCUCUGCCCACUCCUCCCCAGGAGCCUCACCUCACAACAGCGUCACAGACGAGACCUAUCUCCUGCCCCAGAACCAAAGAAUCGCCUCAUCUCUUCCCCACCAGCGCUCCCGCUCUGCCUCGCCACACGGAAAGCGCUCCUACGACAACACCCACUCCUGUCCGGGGGGCACUCCUGUCAAGCAGCGCUCCCGAAGCCCCAGCCCCAUCCCCUCGCCUCAUGAGCAGCAGGGGUCCUACUACCUCCACCAGUACCAGGCUCCAGCUGAAUUCCAGCCCCAAGCUCAGGCCUCCUCCUCAGGCCUGGAGGAGAUGCUGAGCAGCCUCAGCUCCAGUCUACCCAGAGCGAUGCCCUCUGCGGUCGUUCAGGCCCAGAGACAGGAUUGUGUGUAUGGAGAGGGCUACGAAUGGGCCGUCGAGCAGGAGAGAAUGGGCAGGACGGGGGCCGAAGUCAAGUCUGAAACCUUCUAUAUGCUCCCAGCUGUGUGGCCUCCUCCUCAUUCAGUCCACCAUGGAGCAUUUGGUGGUCUCUCCAUGGCUCCACUCCCGUCUUUAGAGUGGUCGUUGCCCAGUCAGUCUGAUCAGUAUGAGCUUCUCAUCCAGCAAGAGCCCAGAUCUCACCACCGAGCUCACUAUGAGACUGAGGGCAGCCGAGGAGCUGUGAAGACACCUAACGGAGGGCAUCCGGAGGUUCAGCUCCGUGGGUACCAAGGCACAGCUCCGCUGGGGCUGCAGGUCUUCAUAGGAACAGCAGACGAGAGGAUCCUGAAACCCCAUGCCUUCUACCAGGUUCACCGCAUCACGGGGAAGACCGUCACCACACCCAGCGUGGAGAGGAUGAUAAAUGGGACCAAAGUGUUGGAGAUCCCACUGGAGCCAAAGAACCACAUGAGAGUAGUGAUUGACUGUGUGGGAAUCCUGAAGUUGAGAAAUGCUGACAUUGAAUUGAGGAACGGUGAGACAGACAUUGGACGGAAAAACACACGUGUGCGUUUGGUGUUUCGUGUCCACAUCCCUCAGCCUGGAGGCCAAAUCGUGUCUCUUCAAGCCGCCUCUCAUCCUAUUGAAUGCUCCCAGCGCUCGGCUCAGGAGCUCCCGGCAGUUGAGAGGCAGGACCUGGACCGAUGCUCUGUACUUGGCGGCCAGCAGAUGGUCCUUACAGGACAGAAUUUCACAUCCGACUCCAAAGUGAUAUUUUCUGAGAAGACACAAGAUGGGCAGCAAAUCUGGGAGGUGGAGGCCACUGUGGACAGAGACAAGACACAAGCUAACAUGCUUUUUGUCGAGGUCCCUCCGUAUCGAAACAGGAACAUUUCCCAUCCAGCCAAAGUCAACUUCUAUGUCAUCAACGGGAAGAAGAAACGUAGUCAGCCUCAGCACUUCAUCUACACUCCUGUGAUAGCCAUCAAGGCAGAACCUCUGGAUGACUACCAAUUGAAUUCGUACAUCUACUCAGACAAUCACUCUCUGUCCGGCCUGUCAAUGAAGUCACUUUACCAUCACCUGGAGCAGGAGAGCAACCUUCAAGCCUUGAAUGUUUCUCCAUCAAUGUACCAUCUAAACACUGUAGACCCCAGAGCCCACGUGUUACUCCCUGAUUCACUGGACGACCAGCCAGUUUACUACCAGUCCAGAGCCGGCACUCUGAUCAACAACCCUGUGCUGUACCACACUGCCAACCAGCGUUACAGCAACUGUGGUGCCACCCUCCUCGGUGGAUCCCUGAUAGCUUCCCACGCUGCCUCCACCCCCGGUCAGUGUGUCAGUGCCAGAACCCCGGUGGGCAAACUGGGUGAAGGUCCUCAGAUUGCUGAUUCAUUUGAGGCCUGUUUGGGGUCAAGACAUCAGAGCUUUGUGCAGACAGCGCUGCCACUGGGAAAGUCACCACCUUCAAGAUACAUCCAAGGUCAAGUUCAAGGGAAGGCCAGAGGCCGAGUGGAGCCUGUGACCCAGAUCAGCUGUGGAAGAGGAAACCAUGAGGAGCGAGCUCCAGAGAGGGUCACAGUUAAACAGGAGAACCUCCGCUAUGCUUGCCUGGAGGAUGUGAAUGACAUCAUAAGAAGAGACAUGAAAGGCCACAAUGGAGAGUGAUCCUGGAUGCCUGCAGCAGCCCUGAUGUUCAUCAGAUUAUUCAUAACAUGUAAAAUAUAAAAUCCUGAAUGUCUAGGAGUAAGCUUGUACUUGUAACAUUUGCAAUUUAAAAAACUGGAUUGGUGGCAAAAAAUAGAAUCUGAUCCAGUGUGGGCUUAUGUUGACUUCAUAACUUUUAGCCAAAGAUAUUAUAACACAUCACGCCUUAUACUGAGUAUCUAUUGAGUCUUUAAUCUAAGCUGUUUGAAAUUCUCUUUGUUCAUAUAUUUGUACAAUUGCUCUUUGUAAGCAUGUAUAAAAUAUUUUAUAUUAAAUGAAUUCUGUUUAUAUGAA